AUGGCUGUGCCAUCUGGAUGGGUGAAGAAAAGUUUUCUGUUUUGGCCAAAACUCCCGAAUGUGAAGAUUGAAGCCCUACGUGUCAGCGGACAGGACUAUAAUGGACCCACAAAAAAGAUUGCUGUUAUUGUUUACAAAACAUUCAAAGAACAUCACCUGGCGGAAGGAGCAGCUGAGGAGCUCUCGAAGCGGGAAGUAUCCGAUGUAGAUCGCAAGCGGAAGCGCCUCAAACCGACCAGAGGGCCGAAGCCAGUAACCUCGAAAGAUUACAACAUGAUGGUGCAAGGAUCAAUGAGCUACGAACAGAUGAAGGCUGACUUGAAGGUGUUCAUCGAAGCGACUGUUGAGAAGGUGGUUGAAACAAGCUUUCAAACCAACUUUGCCCGCUUUGCUGCCUUGUUGGAAAUUCAAAGAAAGGAUGAUUCCAAAAAACUGAAACCUGGUGAUUCGGUGGAGAGGCAUUCCCGUAUCAACACUGAAGACGAGCUAAUCCAGUGGAACAUAAAGCUAAACAACGAAGAGUUGUGUCGAAAAUAUUUGGAAUACUUUUCGAAAAUUAUCAUCCCCGAUGCCUACAAUGACAAAGGUGACAACGCUUGCUACACCGCAGUCGAUUGCCUGUUCACACGUGAAUUUUGGACGAAGAUGACAUGGACUGGAAUCAGCCGCAGCAAUAAAGCGAAAAGGGGUUUCCGUGAAUAUGGAAAUGUGACCCAACUUCUUUGCAGUAUUGUACAGAUUGGAGAUCCAUCGUAUACUGCAAAUAAACUGGAGAUGUUUUGUCGAAAUCGCUUGUUUCGCUAUUGCAAAUCCCGGUCCACCAAUCGUCAGCUUCGUAAGUCAGCAUGUAGACAAAGACACGGCCACAAGUCUAACGCACCUACUCUCGACACAGCAAACGAGGAGAUUUCACGAAACUCGAAUGACACUGAUGUUUCCGAAAACGUCAAACAGGAUGCUGGUGAUAGUUCGGAUGGUGAAAGCGAAGAGGAUGAAGUAGAGUCAAACAGCGGAGGAAGUGAAACCGGAAGUAGCACUGAAGAUGAAUGA